AUGUCCAACACGAGAUCUGGCUCCAGCGAGGGUGUGGAUUGGAAACUUCUCCUUUGGCUGUCGUACAAGAUCACCGUCAAGCUCACCUGUCACACGGGGCAUUCUUACAACUAG